AUGAGCCUUAAACUUUAUCCUCUUUCGGCCGUUUCUCAAACAACAACGGUCCGACAGCCCAAAGAACUCAUAUGCUUUUCAAGAGACAUAGAGAAUAAAAUUCAUCUGGACGAUAGUGAAUUAAGGUAUUACUACUUGCCAGAUCAUGAUCUAGAUACACCCGGUGGUAUAGAUCUUAAUGCCGGAUAUGCACAUUUUAAGAAAAAUCCAAAGGAGGAUGUUGGUGAACUCGAAAGCCUUUUAAAGGCCGUUGAAUCAUACGAAAAAGCUGUUGGAAAAAAAAUCCCGGUCGAUAUAAUAACUUGGCGAGGAUUGAUGAGGCAGCUUAUGAUGCUUCCAUAUGAGAGCAGAGACAAAAUUGUUUUGAAUAUUGUGGUAUUGGAUAAUCAGCUAUUUAUACAAUCCGAUGUUGCCACUGUUAGAGCAUCCCGAACUCUUCAGGAGUCACAUCAGACCGAGCUCAACAAAAAGCAGAUGUAUUCAGGUUAUAAGUUUGAAACCAUAGCUAGCUUGGACAAGGUUUGGGCAAAAUGUUCUAGAAAACGUGUUGAGAAAAGGUUUAAGCAUAAAGUUAAUAAUAUUGAGCAGUACUGCUCAGUCGUUCGUACAACCUUUGGAACGACGAAGUUGUUGAUGGGAGCAGAAGUUGAUUGUGCUUGGGAUUAUAAGCCAGAUAUCCAUGAUGUACAAGAAGGCUCUGAUAUUAAUCCGUUGAAUCAUUACGUUGAAUUAAAAACCACUGGUGUGGUGAACUCUCCAAAAACCUGUGAGAUAUUUGAAAGUAAGUUACUGCGGGCAUGGGCCCAAUGCUUUUUAGUUGGAAUUCCAAAAAUAAUUUACGGUUUCAGAGACAAAGACUUGAUUUUGAGAUCGAUCGAAGAGUUUAAAACGGAAGAAGUGCCCCUUGUUUUAAAGAACGGAUUUGCACAAAAAAGGGAAGCGACUGGUGCAACAAAUAAGUGUAUGCAUUGCCUCAAGUUCUUCAUAGGAUUAAUUAACUGGCUCAAUGAGAAUAUCCAAAAGAGCGAUUCGACAAAAACUUACCGUUUAGAAUACGAUCCAAUCACAAAUAAAAACUAUGUGCAUUUGAGUGAAAAUGACGAGCAGACAACGAAAAAGUUAUUGGGCAAAUAUGAAGGUCCAAAUGGAGGAAUGCUAACGGACGAAUUCAGGGAGUGGAGACGGAAACUUAGUGAAAAGAAAUAA